GUUUGAGGACCGUCGCGCAUGUCGGAUUUAAGCCUUGUGGACAAAAGCUAUUGUUUCUGAGCCGGUGUUGGAUUUAUUUUCCUGUGACAUAAGUUGCUGUUUUUUUUAACGGUUUCUCGUCUUCUGUGUGUAUCAGCAUGGGGAUACUGCUGUUAUUUGCAGUCUUGCAAGCGGUGACAGUCGGCUUGGUGACUGCUGGCUGCCCGGUGGUGUGUGAGUGUCCGGCGGGGCCUCCAGCCUGCCCCCCGGGGGUCAGCUCAGUCCCGGACGGCUGCGGCUGCUGCAAGGUGUGUGCCGCUCAGCUCAACCAGGAUUGCCACGAAGGACGGCCCUGCGACCACCACAAAGGCCUGGAGUGCAACUAUGGCAACGAUGUGGGCCGUACCCAUGGCAUCUGCAGGGCGAAGGCAGAGGGCCGCUCGUGCGAAUACAACGGGAGGAUUUAUCAAAACGGUGAGAAUUUCCGUGCCGGUUGCAAGCACCAGUGCACCUGUAUCGAUGGAGCGGUGGGCUGCGUGCCCCUGUGCCCCAGCCACGUGCCCUUGGCGUCUCCUUCCUGUCCGGCCCCGCAGCUGGUCAAGGUGCCAGGCCAGUGCUGCCUCAGCGUCGACUGCCACAAGGGAACCACCGUCGUGCCCCCAAUGCACCGCAGACCCCAACCUCCGGCCUACCCGCCGUACCCCUUCAUCCCCUACCCGGCCUACCCUUACCCGAAGCCUUAUCCGAAACCAUACCGGAAACUGUACCCCUACAAACCCAAAAAGGACAAGGACACCCUGGGCAACGAGCUGGUGGAGGUGGGGCGCAAGUGGGACAAGCCCCGUGGAAACAAGCACCUGGCAGCCUGGAGGCAGGUGGGAGAUCAGUGCGUGGUUCAGACUACUUCCUGGUCCCAGUGUUCUCGGAGCUGCGGGAUGGGUGUCUCCUCUCGUGUUACCAAUGACAAUGCCCGGUGUAAGCUGAUCAAGGAGACGCGCCUGUGCAACAUUCGGCCCUGCAGCUCCAUGUCUGUCCCUGUCAAGAAAGGAAGGAAGUGCUCUCGUACCCAUAAGGCCCCUGAGCCACAUCGUCUGUCCUACGCCGGCUGCAGGAGCACUCGCCUGUACAGGCCCAACUACUGUGGUGUAUGCAGGGAUGGCCGUUGCUGUUCGCCUCGCCGUACACGUACGGCCAGCGUGACCUUCGCCUGCCCCGACGGCGAACGCUUCAACAGGUCCGUGAUGUUCAUCCAGUCCUGCAAGUGCAGCGACGAGUGCAACCAUCUCAACGAGGCCGCCAUGCCUCCACAGCGAUGGCUCUACGGAGACACACACAAGUUCAUCGACUAGUGGUGUCACCCCCCUCCCCCAACCUACAUUCCCUCACAAAAAAAGACAUUUACUCCCCCAUAGUGAGCCCCAUUAUAGAAUAGCUGUCCUUAGUGUAUCUAUGAAUAGACGCAAGCGAGGUGCACACGUCAAAACAUCUGUUCUGGAAGAUUAUUUGGGGAGGAGUGGGGAGAAAAAGGAUGAAUCAGAUGGGCGCAUCUCCAACUUGGAAAGAGCAAAGUGACCAGCCCCUGCUUUAGUGUAGAUAUAAAGUUGAUUUUGACACCAUCUUUAUGGAGAACAUGGAUGUAACCAGCCACCAUGCUGCCAUGCACCAAACGUCCCCUGAACUCUGAGACUUUUGUUGGGGACGCAGGAGCAAGAGCUGACAAACACAAAUGUACAGUAACUGUUGGUGUUACUUUUGUCGGUGGUGUGGACUCACAUCAGUUACUGAGGAGAAGGUCUGACUAACUGGUAGAAAGUUGGUCUGACAUUGUUUUGGAGCCAAGUAUGAAACCAUCUGGAAUCAUAUGUCUGUACACUCCAAUGACUUAGUAUUGAUAAACCAAAUGAAGACUCGCGGAGAAGACUUGGGAGCCGAGAGUGGGAUCGUGAUGGCAGAGGAUGGAGGAGCAUCUCAGAUGUUCUCACAGGAUCUGGCUCGUGUCUUUUUACGGUAUUUAUUCACUGGUAUUUAUUGUUGAGACAGACAUGAUGACACGGUGGCCUGCCACCAGGGGAGGCGGUGCUGCUAUGUUUGGAGCAUCGGCGUGGCUGAACGGGGAUCUGAGAGGAGCAAAACAGCUGAGAGCUGUCAGCCAUGAGAGGGAGAGGAGGACUCUCACAGAUCCGGGGCUUCAUCCCGGGGUCGCAUCAGAGGUCAUAGCGGUCAGAAAGCCAUAUCUAAUGAUGGAUGAUGAAGGCUACAGGAGGAGUUAUGUACUAGAAAAAGACAGAGUUGAACCUGAUGGGUUGAGGCCUUGAACGCAUUAGUGGGGAAUAUGUCAAAGGUUGUUUACACAGCUGGACUCAUCCCCUGCCUUGCCUCCACAAGAAACUGAGACAUUUAGCAAGCACCAGAAGAACAAGCCUGGGAUUCUGGCGCCAAGACGUCGAGCGCCUAAUUCUGUGCAAAUUACAAUCCUGACUCUGAGAGGCAGUGAGAGAAAAUCAGCCACUCUCGCUUGCUAUAAAAAUAAAAUUUGAAAACUGCGGGCACUGAGGUAAACAUGUAAUUUGUGACUGGCGGGUGGAAACGCUCUGGUGCCUGGUCUGGCCUGUGAUCGAGCAGCAUGCCAGCUCACUGAAACGAAACAAUAACUCAUGCUUCUUCAGGUUUAAGUGGUGUCUGUUCCUGAGAAAUGCAGUUGAAGGCUGUGUUGGCAGUCGGCAUCACUGUCAGGGGGACAGAGGGGCUUCGUGGCUCCACAGAGGACGUGCUGCCAGAGGUCAGUGAGAACCUCUGUCUAAGGACAUUCUGAAGGAGAGGAAUUCUGUAUUAUUCUACCAUUUUUGUGGCCAAAAUCCUUUACUGCGACUAAAGGGCCCAAGCAUGUUACUUGACUUGGACUUGGGUUAAAGUUCACGCACCUUACGACAGCCUUGAUUCAUGUCCUUUUAUCUCAUGCAAAGGUAAUAGAGGGAUUGACAGGUCAAUUCAAACUGAUUUUUUUUUAUCUUUACUGAAUACACAUUUAAAACAGGUGUUUCUAAACUAUUAGAAGCACCACCAUAUAUAUUUUCUCUUGUGCCAUAAGAUAGUGGCUUUGACGUGUUCUCAGUUUUCUGUGAAACUGGAAAAUAUUUGCAUUUUCUACCAUCUCUCGGCUACAGUCGGCUUUCUUAGUGAAGAAACUGCUGCCUCUAAGCCUAGGUGACUUUAAACUGGUUAUUUAAAAAAAAUGUAUUUGGUAUGCCAUGUUGCCAUUGCUAUUUGCCUAUGUAGAUGCUGUGGUUCUGGUACUGUAUGUCUAGUUUUGUUAAAGGACACUAUAGAGCAGCUAUGUACAGAUGCAUUGUUACCUUCUUUGUAGUUUUAUCUGCUGUAUAAGGGCCCAUCCUUCUUCCAGUUAUACUGAAGUAGUCCAUGUAUAGUUUAGCACUGAACGAGGCAGGGUUCAGAUCCUUUAAGCAUUGAGAUCUAAUUUGGAAGCAUGAUGAUUGCAUAUCUACUAGUGAACCUUAACACAAUCUGUAAUGAUAAAGCCAUGCUUUUUAAGAUUACAUAUUAAAAGAAACAUGUUCACAAAGAGCCUAUAAUGUUCAAUUUUCCGUGCUCCUCACAACUAUUUGUCUUGGAAACUGGCUGCCUAACACACAUUUGAUUUUAAGAGUUGGAAUGAGUUCAUCACUUCGCAUUUUUCAAUAAAGAAAUGUUCACUCCUA